AUGGCGGCCUCUAUCUCGCCGUCGGUCAUCAUGACCCAGAUCUCCAGCUACCUCAAUGCCAACGAGACCUCCGACGUUCUUUUCCAAUCACAACAAGCUGUCAAUGCCAUCGGCACCUACAAGUGGUUCAUUGGCACGGGCAUUUUCGUCCUGGUUACCGCCAUCCAGAUCAUCAAAUAUGCGCUUAGGGACCGUCCUCCCCCAGGUCUCAAGCUCAUCCCGGGCCCUACGAGCACCAUCCCCUACAUCGGACGUGUCCAUGAUGUCGACCCAAUGGCCCCUUGGUUUGCGAUGAAGAAGUUCUGUGAUGAAUAUAAUGGAAUUUUCCGCUCCACCAUCUGCGGUGAGAUGCAUAUCUGGGUGGGUGAUUCACAGAUUGCCUAUGACUUGCUCUGCAAGAAGGCUCGAAUCUACUCUUCUCGUCCCAUGGUGCCUGCGGUUCCGGGAAGUGAUUCUCAAGGACAGUACCUGCCCCUUUUGGCUCACGACGACCACUGGCGCAACCAACGCAAGUUCGCCCACACCGUCUUGACCCAGGGCUUCAACCAAAAGUACUAUGGCUAUGUCAGCCACGAGUGCAAGCGAUUCCUCUACAAACUCCUCAUGGACCCCAAGGACCACUUCGCUUUGACCGAUCGAUUCUGCGGUCGCAUCAGCGCUCGUCUCGGUUAUGGUAGCCCCGCCUCCGCUGCUGCCCACUGCAAGAACGCUGGUGAAUUCAUUCCCCAGAUUUCCCCCUCGGGCCCCAUCACCAACCUUUUGCCUUUCUUGGGUAGCCUUCCUGAAUGGAUCAACCCGUCGAUCAAACGCGUGCGUGAGCGACGUGAAAAGGAAGAGAAGCUCUGGAAGGGUCUCAUGAAGCAAGUGCGUUUGGAAAUGGACCAAGGCAUCGCUCCCAUCAGUUACGCACGCACCUACUUUGAGCGCAAGGAAGCCGAAGCUGGCAGCCGAUCUUUUGGUUUCGACGACCAUGAGGCUGCCUACGCUGUUGGUAUGUUGGUGACUGUCGCCAUCUUCACUAUCGGUGGUCCUCUCUACUGCUUCUUCCUCGCCAUGGUCCUCCACCCCGAAUGGCAAGAGAAGGUCCGCAAGGAAUACGACGAAGUCAUUGGCGACCGUGUCAUUGAAGUCUCGGAUGCUCCCAACCUCCCCAUUCUCCGUGCUGCCAUCAAGGAGUGCGUCAGAUGGCGACCACCAGUGCCGUUGGGUGUGCCCCGUCUUCUCGAAGAGGAUGAUGAAUGGAACGGCUACUACCUGCCCAAGGGUGCUGUUAUCCACGCCGUCGAUCUCGCUCUUGCCCGCAACCCUGAGCUCUACCCCGAUGCCGAGACCUACAACCCGGAUCGAUGGCUCCAGAAGGAGUUCCCCACUUACAAGGAGCCUCUUACAGAGCAUCCCAGACUCAUGGGUCACCAUGGUUUCGGAAUGGGUCGUCGCAUGUGCCCUGGUAUUGAAGUCACCGAGGCUGAGUUGCUUGUCGCUUGCGGCAGCAUCGUUGGCUGCUUCGAACUCAAACCCUACAUGGAUGCCAAUGGUCAACCCAAGUGGCCUGAUUCCAAUGCCUUCACGCCCAACUUGAUUGGUGGCCCUCUACCUUUCGAGAUGGAUGUCAAGGUCCGAAGCCCCGAAAAGGCUGCCCGCAUCAAGGCUUGGUAUGAGGAGAGUGUCGCGGAUGAGGCUGCCGGAAAGAUUGCCGCUGGCUUGUGA